AACGCCGCUCCGCCACUGCGCAACGAUGGAGCUCUCGCAACGAUGGAGAUGACGCAAACGGACUCAGCGCUCCGAAAAAGUGUUCCAAGACGAACAUGGCGGCAAGUUAACCGAGGUCCAAGAUGACAGAGACCACCAGGACAGAGCGUUCCCGCGUUCCAGCCCGUGUAGGAGAGAGCAGCCAGCGUGGGCUCGUCGCUUCCCUUUAAGCCCAUCUGCGAGCGGAGCAGCGGCAGACGCGGAGCACCAGCGCCGAGAGGAGCGAGAGGAGGACCCCCCCGGGAGGGACAGCCGAGGGGGGCAUGCGGUCAAAGAGGACGCCGUUUCCUCCCGGAGAGCCAUGGAGAGCCGGGAUGCGGCAGCGCGACGCGUAAUCCGUGCGGGCGGGCUAAUUGGACGGGAGUAGCGCCGGAGGAGCGCCCUGGAGCGGCGGAGGCGCGGACCCCCCACUGUCAGGGUCCGUCUCAAGUCAAUGAGUAUUGUGGCAGAGCAGCCCCCGCGGUGGAGUCGGCCAGGGCAGCGCUCUAUCUAAAAUAUGACCAGGGGUGCUUGGAUGCGUCGGCAGCAUGAUGAAGGCUUAAAAUUCUGCUCUGCACCCCGAGAGAACCAGAAGCCGUUUACCGAGUCGGAGCGGGCCCAGAGAUGGCGAUUGUCGCUGGCCUCUCUGCUCUUCAUCACCGUCCUGCUCUCUGAUCACUUGUGGUUCUGCGCCGAGGCCAAACUCACCCGAACCCGAGACAAGCGCUGGGACGGAGGAGGGUUCGCGAUCAUGGGCGAGCAGCCAAACUCCAUCAUCCACCGGCACCCCGCCACCUCCACCACCACCAGCCCACCGCCACCUGACCCCCACCGUCCAGAUGCUAUUUUUCUAGGGAAUUCUACCGAACCUCUGUGGCGGAUGGACACCUGUCACCCCGACAGCUGGUCCACAGAAUGCUUCACUUUCACGGACGCAGAGAGCGUGUGCGUGGGCCUGGCCGACGAGAACGGGACGCAGUUGGUGAAUCUGAGCGAUUUGUACCUUUCUUUUUGUGAUUCUUACUCACUUUUGGAUUUGUUUUUCGGCUUUUCGAGUCCGGGCGUUAUGAAUUGCACCCUGGAUAUGACCAAAGGGCAGGACGCGAUAGGCUGCAGCCAGUGCGUCCAGGCGUACCAGGACCUGGACCAGCAGGCAGAGGAGCGCUACCGGGAAUUUGAGCUGCUGGUUCAGAAAUAUGAGACAGAUGCGUACUCGGUCCGGACGUGCAUGGAGGAGUGCAAGCUGGUGUACAAGCCUUGGCUGUGUUCUCAGUACUUCCAGACCUCGCAGGAAAGCUGCACUAACCCAAUCCCCUGCGGCCAAUACUGCCUGGAGGUGCAGCAGCGGUGCCCCUUUGUCUUGCCUGACAAUGAUGAUCUCAUUCACGGAGGCAGCCCCAGUUUUAUAUGUACAGGGCUGCUGGAGGACUAUCCAUCAGGUGUGGACCCGGAAGCAAAGUGCUGCGAUGUACGGUGGGACUUAAAAGACAACCGUUCCCGCGGGACCCUGAAAAGAACUCAUCCGCCAUGCCAGCACCGAACCUCCCUCAGCUCGUCGGCAGCCUGCAGACUGUGCAACAGCCGGCUCAAACUCUGCCUGCUGGUCCUCGUCCUCCUACACACUGUUGCCAGCCUCACCGCAUCCCACAAUGCAACAGGACUGGGCCUCCCCGCCAUCACGCCUCUGGAGGAGAGCCCUGCCAAUGAGGAGUGAUCGAGAUGUAGGGAGGAGAAGCGCUUGUUGAGGCGGGGGAUUCCCUCGCCAUGGCAACCAGUGCAGAAAAAUACGGUCACAGUAGCAGGAGCUGCAUGCCUGUGGACAUUCUGCAACACUCGGAGAAAAACGGAGACGCUUAUCGAAAAUCCACAAAUCAAUCAAAUUUAAUAAGCAAAACAGACAGACUUAAAAGGGACGUGUUUGGUCCCUUUGGGAGGAAUAAAGGGUCGACGCCACAGCCUUUGUUGAGUGGGAAGAUCAGCUUCCUCCCGGCUGAGUUUCUCUCACGACGCUUUUUUACACUGUGUUCUAAUUCUAGGUUUUUGUUGCACUGGCUGACAAUGGAAUAUCAUCAUCACCUUUGUUUCCAAUCUCCAUUGUUUCUGUUGGUUUCCGGGUCUUUCUAUCUGGAAGGUCUAAUGAAUAUGAAUCUUAAAUGUUAUAGAGGAGAAUCUGUAUGCGUGCGUGAUGAUUCGUGCUCCAGGAUUUUUUUUUUUUCAACUGAGUUUCAUCACAUAUCUAACGUGCAAAGAUGACCUUCCUUUAAAUGUCCAAGGCUCUGUCAUGCUAGUCUGUUGGCCCUGUUCAAACCUCUCUGGAUUUUUUUAAAGCCCAGCCAAUGACAAAUUCAAGAUAGUCUUCUGCCAUUCUCACACUGUUCCUUUAGAACGGGAUAUAAUAAUAAUAAUAUAUAGCGACAUAAUAGAUUCUUUCUGAUGUCCAAAUAGAAAUAUUAGAAAACCAGCUCAGUGCUUCGACCUUUAUUUAACUUGAAUACAAAAACAACUUCUCAUUCACCCUUAAAAAUACAAUAGAACGUAAAUAAAUUCAUCGUUGGUUUAAAAAAAGCAAAAAAAAAUUAUCUAUUAAGAACUCAAUUAAACUAUUUAAGCUCAUCUUAACCAAAGAUGCAUUUUACCAAAACCCAUGUUUGUAUGGCUGUUUUGGGGGAAACAUAUGUGUCUUUUCAGAAUGUUUUACAUUAUUUCAGACUCAUUUUAGCAGUUUACCUGGGAGGAGUUUAAGCAAUCAUGUGACUGCAUCUAAUGUGGCAUGAUUGUUCAUUCUCACUAAGAGCAACAAUCUUUAGUCCAAAAUAAUUCGCAUGGUAUGUUUGUGUAAUCCCUCUGUACACAAUCCUUAUUUAUCCGCUUUUACCAGGACUUAAAACAGAAAACAAACCCUGCAUAUUCUUGACCUGUGUUAUAUAUAGCCAGACUCCAUGAACAAACUGCAAAACACUGCUCGUUUUUAACCAAAUUCUGAGAGAUUUCUCUCACUGUUGGUUUGUUUUACGAUAUUUUCUGCAUGUGUCCUGCUCCCCCUGUCUUUUCACACAUUCUCAGCUCCAGUAGCAUUAACUCUCAUUAAGUAAAGGGCUUUUUAAGAUUUACAGAACAACUGCUUUGAUCAUACUCAGCCACAAACCCUGACAUCCAAGUUGUGAACAAAUAAGAUGACAUGGCUUAUCUCCUGUUUUCACACACCUGCAAUACCUGCAGACACUUCACUGACUGUUACUGGAGAGCAGGAACAGGAACAAAUCCAGAGAGAGGAGCUUCUCAUCGUCUUUGUUUCUUUUUUUUUUUUAAACAAAUGUUUGCGUGGAUCACAAGCUUGUGAGCAGAAAGAAAUGACGGAACCUCAAGGGCUCAAUUUUCCUUCAGUUUCUAGAUUUUCUUUUCUUGACCAGGUUGUGUUUUUAAAGAAAGUCGUCGCUGUAUUGCAUUUUACUCUCAAGUGCAUAAAUGAGAUGUCCAGUCCAGUAUCUGAUGUCAACUCUUGUAUUUACACAGCUUAAAUGAGGAUUUUCAAACGAUAAUUGUUCACGUCAUAUCUUCUGAACAAAUGUAUCCGCCUGUUUGAACCCAAAUUCUGUCCUUUGUGUACCAUCCAUCACCCCUCAUUGUUCUUCAGCACAGCGCACUCAUAUUGUGCAUUCAGGAAAAGAAAAUAAGCUGCUAUUACUUUGGCAACCAGUAGAUGGGGUAUUUCACUUACUGUAUUUUACUUUGCUACUAUUGCUGAGGACCUAAUACUUUUCAAAGCCGGUCAUGGAAAAUGGCGUCUGGGUGAAAGGGUCGUUGACGAAAGACAUCUGUACUCAUGCGUAUUUGUGUUUAUCACUCUGAUGUUCAAAGUAACGUUGCUGCUGAAGCCUACUUUGCAUGAAUUAAGUAACAUUGACGAGAGAAUGGACUGGUGUGGAAACAUGGGAUGUGAAGGUUGAUGAAGAGGGCCGACAAUCAGAGCAGAGAGAGAGUGGGAUACUGUUUGGUUGGAACAUCCUGAUGGGGCCUGAGCUUCACGUACUUUAGGUCUGACCUGGGCUCUCCUUCAAAUUGGACAUGCUGGUAAUGUUCCCUCACCCCAGUCUUGUUCUGUAGGUCACAACCCAAAGCAGGAGACCACAGUUGAGAGUGCAGAGGUAGAUUGACAGGAGGAGUUUGUCUUUUGCCUCAGCUCUGUCUCUACACAAAACAAAUGUUGCACCGAUUUCAGUUUGACACAAGACCUUGAGGAGCUCCUCCAAUGGGGUGCCAAUAGAAAUAGAAUCUUCACUCUCUUCUGGUUGAGAACCAUUCUCUAAAACGUAGAUCGGCUCUGCACCCGAUGCUGCCAAUGAGAGCUCAACCUCUGCAGUUCCUUGUUGCAGCACCCUAGUUGGCACUUGGGCGUUGUGAAAACUAAACUCACUAAAACAGGCCACUCAUAUGUUUGAGAAAGAUACAUCGUUCAGCCUUUCCAUGGGGCACGGAGCAUGACCACCGGUGUUUACUUUUUCAAAAAAUUGAGGCGCAGUCACUCACCUAUUGUGCUUGACCACAACGUCACAAUCUCUUACUUGGUCUGUACCAGUACUGACAUCCGCAGUCCAGUAACAAACAUAAACAGUCAAAGCAUGAUGUUGAAAUAUAAUAUCAUGCAAAAGCAACCCACAGCUUUCUCCAUUACAUUCUCAUAAAUUAUUUGGGCAAAGAUUUUUGGUCAAUAUUUAGGAAAUGUGUCUUACAAAAUCAUGACGCUCAGGCCACCGCUGGAAGUAAAUGAUAAAGCAGCUGCACAGAAAUUGAAUCUUGAACACUUCAUUAAAAGUUUGUUUAAACGCUGGACAACCCAUGAGAAAUGUGUUUUCUUGUUUAAUUUUUGAGGUACAGGGUGAGGAAAGAGAUAAUACCCUAAGGAAGGCAUGUGUCUCAGGAUCCCAUAUUUUCAGCACUCAGUAUAAACUUUUUGGGGUUCAAUAAGUAAAAAGAUAUACAUAGGGUGUUGUAAUGGAAUCACUUCUAUGUCAAAUAAACAUAACAAGAAAUGAUCGACAGCCAAAUUAACAAUGUCAUUUCAUCCCGCUAACAAGGGUAGGACCUAGUGCCAAAGCAAGCGUAGCCAAAACGAAGCAGCACAGUGUGCCAUGCGAGUGUAAAGCACAUGUGGAGAGUCUCUGGACGUCCAAUCUCUCGACUGAUCAAUCCAGUUGUGAACAGAGUUAUGAUUCUUGUGUGUGUGAUCCGGGGAAUGCUCUGUACGCUAUCUGCUCAUAGAAUUAAAUGUGUUUUGUGUGUGCAAUCUUUCUUCCAAACAAAGACAGAAUUUCAAUUAAAUCACUUCCUGGCAUUUGCCAGAAGUGAAGGCAUCAGUCACUUUGGUUUGGAUGUGUGCAUGUGCUUUGAAUGUUCCCCUUUAACUUGAUUUACGGAAUGAGAGCCAAUCGAUCCAGUCUCUAAAAAUGGUCUGUAGCAACUGUAGGAUUCGGUUUGUCACAUUUCACAACACACCAACCUACAGAGAUUAAUUUAGUUUCAUAUUCCGGCACACUUUAAAUAUCUAUGACCAGCCAACAAAUUUCAUUUUCACAUGUAUCCUUCCUUCCUUCCUGCCUCUCUCUGUUCAUGUCACAUUUCUGUUCUCUAUCCUGUGGAUCUAUGCAGAAGCCCAUUCCUUUUGUUUUGGUUGUAAAUAUCCUGUGCUGAAAAAUGUCUUUGCAUCCAGGAUUCACGUGAAAUGUUUAAUUUAAUGUCUUUAUGUUUUGUUCUUUUUGUUUGUUUGUUUUUUUAAUAAUCAUAACUUUAAAGAGUGUCUGAGUUUAUCAAUGUUAAAGGAGAAUGUGGUAUCCAAUAGACUUGUCCUCAGCUUUGCAAACAUGCUGUGAAAGGUUCUGAGUCUGUGUGUGAAAGCAAAGAUUGAAAAAAAGUAUAUAGAAGUAUCAUUAUAAUUAUUAUGAAUACUAUUACACUACUAGUAUAUUGUAAUAUUCUAGAUGAUUUAGUUCAAGUAACUUAUUUGAUUUUUUUUACAAACAACUUUGAUGAAAUGAUUUAUAAAAACAGUCACACAAGUCAUGAACUUUUUCGAAAACAUGGAAAAUUACUGCUAUGAUGAUUAAAACUGU